UUCUGCAUCAAUUAAAAAAUAAACUAUAUGUAAACAUAUGUUUGUUAAGUAAGGUCGAAACUUCACAAACGCACAUAUGAGAGAAGGGAAGCAACUCGUGUAGGAUAAAUAGGUGAAGAUAAUGUAAAAUGUAGCUGUGAACAUAUCGAUCUUAACUUGUAACAUGUUCUCCAAUUCACGACAGGCUACUAACUUGUAUUUGUGUGUGUUUGAGUUUUUUUCGGAUAUGAAGUGGGGAGAAGACGUGAUCCUGAGGAUAAUGUCACUGUGAGCAUAUCGAUAUUAACGUAAACAGGUAACACUUGUAUGUGUGUGUGUGCCUGACGUAUCAAAGGGCACCCGUCUGUUUAGUCAGCAGUACGUGCUAUAUAUACACCUUACCUAACCCGACAGGAUACUGCAAGUUUAGACGAGUCGUUGUGACGUAGCCAGGGUAGUACUAUAUAAGUAGAUGUUGCUCCACCGUCCGGGUAUUGCCUUGCGUGCGUGGCUGAACCGAUUUCGGCAUAAACACCGUCACCAGUCUUUUGACUGAUCCGUCCGAACCAGACCAAAAUCUGUACAAAGAGAGGACAUAUAUAUGCCAGGCUAUUGCUUACAGCUACCAUACAUAUUAUUAUACAAAGGAGCUGUUAAGUGUCUGCGGAAGCGAAAUGAGGUCACGACAGAAAAGGUCAUCUGAAAAGAUGGCAAAUAAAACUCCAAGAUACAACCUUAGAGAGGGUCGCCAUAUAAACUGGGAGAUAUAUUUUGAUACAUCGUAUGAGAAAAUGAUGGCGAAAGUACGUCCCACCAUUCCUUACGGACUGAAAGUUCACAACUUCCGACGGAUCAUCGCACGAAAACAGAUAAAGGAGAGGACGAUGUAUCUGUUGGAAUGGGAAAAUUACGAACUAUCCGAAGCAACUUGGGAGCCAGAGUCAAUAUUACCAAAACACAUCAGCACCACGUUCAGCUAUCCAGAGGUUAGUGAAGAGGCACUCACGCUUGUUGCUCGGCAGUUCGAAUCCGCAGUACAGCGCUGUCUGGCACGACGAAUUAAAUAUAAAUCAGCAACUCCUCCAUCGUUUUGUGUUGAUUUCCCAUUCGAUAUGUUCCGGUAUGUGUUUGGAACCAGUGAUUUGGGUCGACAAUAUAACAUAACCUAUACCAACGGCUUCAGUAAACUGCCUAUGAGCAGUGGCUGGACUUACUACAUAGAUAGACACAACAAUCGAUGUCAGCUGGCAUUCCCAGUGUGUAUCGAACCAAGACUUACCAUGCGCAAAGUGUUCAAAAACAUCAAUGGCAAGUUUGAAUGGAGAAGACAACCAGAAGAAAAGGUUCGAGUAACCCUGGGUUUUCAACCUGUGGAUAAGUAUUCAAAAACUGCUGAAACAACGACAGCAGUCGAUCAACCAGUGACCAACACGAUGUUUGCACCUUCAGUUUAGAAUAAACACGAAGAUGACAAAAUGAUCUAUUCAAUUCAGCUGUUUGGUUUAUGUGCUACUUAAAGAUGACCAGUCAAAAAUGAAGCUGCAAAAUGCAUUUGAAUAUUGGUGAUAUUUUGUCAUAGAGCUUGCAUACUUGUGAUAUCUAUAGAUAAACGAAUUCUCGUUUUCUGUGAGAUUUAUAGUUUAAGACUGUCGGCUAACCGUAUAUUAUGUUCUUGCCAUUAUGUUACGGCCUAUUCUGACCGGUGAACAUUUCUUAAUGUUUCAUUUCAUCAGUAGAUGCAUGUCAUUGUAUAUCUUAUUUCUCUGAUUGUACCUUAUGUUUUUUUCUUCUGGAUUUGACAUAGUAUCCUUCGUCAUAUAUUGUUGAUUAGCUAUUGCAUUCGUAACUCAGUCUUGUUUAUUUAUUAUUUCGUUCUCCGUUAUACCUUGCCGAUUGAUCACUCCGUUCUCCGUUAUACCUUGCCGAUUGAUCACUCCGUUCUUCGCUAUAUCUUGUGGGUUUAUCAUUGUACAGUCAGAUAUAUAUUGAGAUAUAAGCAUUGUACAUGUAUUCUCCACAAAUUGCAUAUCUUGUGGUUUUACUGUUGUAUCCUGUGCAAUAUCCUGUCGGCUUACCAUUGUCUGUUGGUAUAUUAUUGUUAUUAUUAUGUUUUACGACUGAACUUUUCAUGACCUCAUAAAACCAUCGAAAUAAAAUUAUCGAA